AUGAGUGUUGAACUGUAUCCAAAUGAUAGAUUCGGAGCGGUUAGUCAGUACGAUGAACACAAAGACGCCGUAGAAGAAUGUUCCUGGCUCAUCGAAGAGAUCGUCAAACCUCAAUUACCGAACAUCAUUGAUAAUUUUUCUAAGUGUUUGGAAAUGCUAGAGAGUGAUCAAGUAUUUAAGAUGCCCAUAUCUAAUGGUAUUCCCAACGAAAGCAGCAAACAAAAUGAUACACCGACGGUCAAGGGUGUUAUCACGAGACAAGGUGAAUAUAUCAUCGACUUCCAUAUCGUAGUGAGAUUUCCACAAUUCCAAAGGGGUAAACAAGUAAUGUUCCGGAUGAAUACUGGUUUGAAUUUCUUACUUGUUCAAUUCAGUAAGAUAAUGACUCACUUAAAAAGUAUUUUGGAAAUAUUGAACCAACUACAACUGAUCACAGAUGCCAGCGAGUUCAUGGGUAAAUUUGGCGUCGCCAUGGAGCUGUUAAACCAUUCACUAAUACUUUUACAAAACCCUCCUAGAGAUUUAGUAUUUCCAGAAGAUAAUAACUAUGCCAUGAAGGAAAUGUUUCAAGAUUGCUACUCAGUCUGCGAAUCUACAGCUCAUAUCCUAGGAUUAGAACUAACACUUUGUAAAAAUGAGCUUUGUAUGGAAUUGCGGAAUCUUACCAAGGUGACAAAGAAACCUUGGUGCGAGAUUGAUAGUAAAACUGGCAAAUCAUUCUGUGAUGAGAUAAGAAAUCAAGUGACAAAUGAAAGACACAAAAAGUUGUCAAAAAUUCUCUCAGAAAACGGUGUACAAGUCCAAGAUUCUACACUGCUAAAUCACAUAAUCUCUUCUUUUCAAAGUGAGACCAUUACUCUCCCAGAAGCCCAGGAAUUAUUAAGAAGAGGUGUCACAUUUGACAACAGGGUAGUCAUGGAAUGUGAAAAGUUAAUAGUCUCUACAAGCGACCCAACUUUGAUCAGUAUAAGCUCCAAAUUAAACAGUCUUAAGGCGACGAUGGCAAAUCAUCAAGCUAAUUUGAAUGCUGAUAAACAAUUAAGUACGACUGAGUAA